AUGGUGGACGGUGGUGAGGACGGCGAAGUUAUCCCCCUGCAACCUCUCCUGGUGAAGGCACGUGGCGUCGAUGUCAUUUUCGCCAUUGAUGCAACCGAUGAUAUCGUCGACUUCGCAGAUGGCAGCUCUUUGAUUGCCAUGCAAAAUCGUACUUCGCUUUAUCCUUCUGCUUACUCAUUCCCUCCCCUUCCCACUUCUCUGGGAGAAUACUGUAAUACGCCGCACAAAACCUGA